AUGCAGAUAUAUGAAGAAUCUAGUGACAUGCAAAACGUACUGGUGAGUUGCGAUCUGACCCAGGUUAAUGGCUCCUCGGUUAAUCGCGACCUGAUGACUACCGGCUGUUCGUACGACAUAAACUGGGCGUAUCGAUGUAACUAUGUUCGGAACUUCGGGUACGAAGACAACUCCCCUUGCUUCGCCCUGACUCUUAACAAGAUUUAUGGUUGGCUACCGCCAACUUCAGAUGGUGUGCAGGUGUGCUGUGGAGGAGCGACGCCAAACGACGAUGAACUACUGGGAACACUCUGUAUUUAUGACGCUUUCGUUCACGAUGAAUCGGGAUGUGGACGCCGAUGUGGAAUUUUUCCUCAUCAGUUUUAUCCUUAUUUAAACCAAGAAUUCUACCUUCCACCCUUAGUCUUUAUGGAAGUCCGCGGUCCACGAAAAAAUGUGUUGGUGCGAAUUCAGUGUCAGUUGACAAACCUUCCUAGUUCAUCAAUAAUUGAAGUCGCCCUACUGGUUGACUAA